AUGGUUCUGCACUCACUACACAAACGUGCUCCCCGCACGAGAGUGCGUUUAGCUCGCUGUUUCUCCGCGUCCCCGCGCGGUGCUAGCUACGCCGAUACCCUCUCCAAUCUGAAGAUCGGAGCCCAUACAAAGGUACUGUUCCAGGGGUUCACAGGGCGACAAGCGACAGCCAAUGUCAAGGAGUCGCUAGAAUGGGGCACUAAGAUUGUCGGAGGCGUAAAGCCAGGGGUGGAGGGUGAACAUCUUGGACUACCGAUCUUCCCCUCUGUUAAAGUGGCCCAAGAAAAAGCGAAGCCAGAUGCAUCUGCCAUCUAUGUUCCAGGAAACCAAACUGCGAAGGCUAUUGAAGAAGCGAUAGAAGCUGAAAUUCCACUCGUCGUGGCUGUCGCUGAGCACGUCCCUAUUCAUGACAUUCUACGCAUUCAUUCCAUGCUGCAAACGCAAUCUAAGACUAGACUUGUCGGUGCAAACUGCCCUGGUAUUAUAUCAGCUAUCGGGAAGUGUCGCAUUGGAUUUCAGCCUUUGCCAUGUUUCGCGCCUGGUAAUGUUGGAAUUGUGGCUAAGUCUGGAACAUUGAGCUAUGAGACUGUGGCAUCUACUACCCGAGCUGGACUGGGGCAGAGCCUUUGCAUAAGUAUGGGCGGUGAUGUACUGGCUGGUACUGAUUUUGUAGAUGCGCUGAAAAUAUUUGAGCAUGAUCAGGAUACGGAAGGAAUUAUCCUUGUCGGUGAGAUUGGUGGUACGGCUGAGAUGGACGCAGCAGAAUGGAUCAAAGAAUACCGACAGCGGUCCGCAAAUCCAAAGCCCAUCAUGGCUCUUGUUGGUGGGCUGGAAGCACCACCAGGCCGAAUCAUGGGACACGCAGGUGCGUGGGCUGCACCUGGAGAGCCCGAUGCACAAGCCAAGUACCAGGCACUUGAGCGUGCUGGCGCGGUCAUGGUCAAUCAUCCGGAGAAAUUUGGUGAGGGUAUGAGGACUUUGCUCGGCUCCGGCGCAAUCAGACCUGGUGCAAAUUCGUUCUCCGGAUCUGGAGGCCAGAAACGAGGCCUCCAUACCAUGAGACGUGUCAGUCCUAUGUCAAAGCCAGCUCAGCAAAAGCGCAGUCUCUACAUCAAGCAGUCUCAAGCAUUCGACAUCCUUAAGGCGAAGUCUAUCCCUAUCGUCGAGCAGAAUUCACCCUCUGAUGUGUUCAUCUCUAUAUCAGUUGACCGCACCGCUUUGUCGCCAUGUAUAGUUGCAUCUACAAGUACUGAACUCGAUCCAGCUCACUCUCGCAAGUUCCCGUUCAGCUACCGCGAAAAUGGAUUUGAAAAUAGCACUCUUACCUCAGAUGUAGCAUUACAUGUGGGCAUUCCCUCAUCAGCCCAUGCAAGUCUUAAAAAUCUGGUCCAAUCUCUGUGGGAAAUCUUCAAGGAGAAGGAGGCAUUCGUGCUGGAAACUCGCGUUGGAGUCUCUGGUGGGAGCUUGGAAGUACACGGUGCACGAUUUGGUUUUGAUGAUGCUGCGUUCCGAAGCUCUGGACGUCAGCAGGAGAUUCACGCUUUGCGAAAUACCGCCGAAGAGGCUCCGGAGGAAGUCGAGGCUGAGAAGGAUGGCAUUGUCUAUGUUAAGUGUGUCUCUUCUUUUAAUCCCUCGGAGUUCGUGACCAUGCUAAUCGUAGACAGGCUUCAAGGUGAAGGCAGCAUUGGUACACUUGUGAAUGGAGCCGGACUCGCAAUGAAUACAGUGGAUGCACUUACUAUUCACGGUGGUCACUGUGCUAAUUUCCUUGACACCGGUGGCAAAGCUACCUCAGAGACGGUCAAGUCGUCAUUUCGCAUAAUCUGCUCCGAUCCUCGUGUCAAUGCUGUCUUUGUCAAUAUUUUCGGUGGCUUGACGCGUUGUGAUAUGAUUGCCCAGGGAAUUAUUAUGGCUUUCCGAGACUUGGAAAUGCAAGUGCCUGUUGUAGUUCGGUUGCGUGGAACAAAUGAGGAACUUGGACAGAAGAUGAUCGCCGAGAGUGGACUUCCUUUGCACGCUUUUGAUGGAUUUGAAAACGCAGCAAAGAAGGUGAUUGACCUUGCUCGAAAGUAA